AUGGUUAAAGGAAGAAAAUCCAAUGUUUUAUCUUCUAAAAAACCGGCAUUUCAAAGUACAACUUCAUUAGCGGUCGGUUCUGAAGCCGAUAAUGCUGUGGAUGGGAAUUAUGGUACUUGUGCAGAGACUACUCCAAUAGGCCCUAAUACCGAAAGAGAAAGCGUGUGGUGGUACGUCAAUCUGGGAAAUAUAAGCAGUGUUUACAACAUACACAUACAGUUUAGAGACAUGGGGGAGAGUUAUGUCCUGAGACAGAGGGGGAGAUUUGCUGGAUUUUCUCUUUAUCUCUCAAACUCUACUAAAAAACAAGACGGAUAUAUGUGUUACAAAGACGGACCGGAGUUACCUCCAUUAAAUUUUACAUCAAACUGUAUCGGAUAUGGUCGAUAUGUCAUCUACUACAAUGAAAGACUGAGUGGAGUGACGUACCCAAAGGAAUAUGAAAUGCAGUCUUACUCUCAAUUGUGUGAGGUUGUAGUUAAAGCUUGCCCUAGAGGGUCACACGGUCAAGAGUGUAAAUUUCAGUGCUCGGGACAUUGCAAAGAUAGAACUCCUUGUGAUCACGUUACAGGUGAAUGCGUAAGAGGCUGUGUUUCGGGAUGGACUGGGACUAUGUGCAACAAAACUUGUGACACUGGACGUUAUGGUAUAAAUUGUACUUCCUACUGCAGUGGACAUUGCUUGAAUGACAAACCAUGUAACAAAGAAACUGGGCACUGUGACUCGGGAUGUAGUAAUGGAUAUACUGGAUAUUUUUGUAUAAAUGAAUGUAAACCUGGAUGGUUUGGAAAAGAAUGCAAAGAGCGUUGUAGUGGACACUGUGCUGAAAAUAGCCAUUGUAAUCAUAAAGACGGGAUUUGUUCUCUUGGAUGUAAAGAUGGCUAUACUGGAAAAACUUGUAUCACACGCUGUCAUCCUACCACAUAUGGCAAAAAUUGUGCUCAUACCUGCAGCCGAAGUUGUGUCAAUGACACUUGUGAUAGAUUUAACGGAAGUUGUUUUGCAGAAUGCAAAAAACCAUUUCAUGGAGAAUUUUGUAAUCAGAGAACUUCUCUUCUCAUUACUGAAAGCACUUCUGUAAAAGCACUGACAGUUGGAGGGGUUCUUGGUGCAAUUACUGUUGUUACCAUCCUCUUUGUAUUGAUUGUCUUAACCAUGAGGUUACGAAACAAAAAGUAUAAGAACACAAAACCUGUCUCGUCAGAAAGAAAGCCUAUGAUGGAAUUAAACAAUAAAUUACCAUCAAGAGAAGAAAGACAAGUUAGUGAGGAUUUAAGCAUUAUGCAGACAAAUGAUUUUACUGAUGCCGGGCGGAUCCCGAAUGAACCAGCUAAAAGAGGACGACCAACUAAUAAGACUAUAUCUGUGGCAAAUUUACAUUCCAUUCUAUCCAAAAUGUCAGCAACUGAAAAUCAAGGCUUUAAGCAGGAAUAUCGUGAUAUCCCGAAAGGCGAAUUUCAUCCCUGUGAAGAAGGCAAAAAAACCGAAAACAAAGUGAAGAAUAGAUAUACUACCACAUUCCCAUAUGACCACUCCCGUGUUGAAUUGAAGACGUUAAAACCAAAUGAAGGAAAUUAUAUCAAUGCUAACUAUAUUGAAGAUGUACUUGGGAAAGUAUCCUACAUUGCAACACAAGGUCCCAAACCAAAGACAAUUUCUGAUUUCUGGAAAAUGAUUUGGCAGGAGAAUGUGUCAGUCAUAGUCUGUUUGACAAACUUAAAAGAAGGAGAAAAGACUAAGUGUGCGCAAUAUUGGCCAGAAAUUAACGACAAACUGAUUGGUGAUAUUCAAGUAAAGAAUCUAGAAGAGAAAAGUCACGCUAAUUACACAAUAAGACGAUUCAAUAUCAACAAACGUAUGGAAAAAACAUCUAGGGAUAUAGUGAUGUUUCACUACACACGAUGGCCAGACCAUGGAGUCCCUGAUCCACUUAGUCUUGUUGUGUUCCAUCGUCACGUGAUGCGAGUAUCAGCACAAUACCCUGGAAAAUACACAGUGGUCCACUGCAGCGCAGGAAUUGGCAGAACCGGAACGUACAUUGCAUUAGACGCCCUCUACCGAGAAGGGGCGAGAAAUGGUAAAGUUAAUGUACCAAUGUACGUCAGGACAAUGAGAAAAGACAGAAUGAACAUGAUACAAGGCGAUGAUCAAUAUAAAGCAGUCUACCUCGCCCUUUGUGAAUCGUUCAAUGGAAAAUCCAGAUGUCUGACUACAGAGUCAUUUUUACGACAACUACAAGAACAGUCUUGUUAUACCAAUUGUGGAGAAGCAGCGGCAAAAUCUUCUUUGUCGUCAGAGCUCCAGGAGUUACUGUCUCUCCGGAAGAAAUACGAAGAAAAGGAUUAUGAAACUGGACGCAUGAAUAAAUCAGCCAACUAUACAUACAGCGUUUUGCCACUUGACGAAUAUCUGUGUCAUUUGUCUUAUUCAAAGGGAAGAAACACCUACUACAACGCCGUUAUACUUCAGUCCUUUACAGAAAAUGACAACCUGAUCAGCGCUCAGUACCCACUUCCUGUCUACACAGAAGACUUUCUCAGACUCAUCAAGGAUUUUGACGUCAAUGUGGCCGUUUUUCUGUGUCCGUUGAAGGAUUUGAAAUCCUCUUCUAUAUGGGUUCCAUCAAAAACUGAUCAUAAGACUGUUGGAAACUUUUCCAUUAAGCUAGCUGCGUCAACAAAUUCAACAAUUUUUUCAACAAGAAACAUCGUGCUACAGCACAUGGGAAUAAGUGACACAAAGGUAGUUGUACUAGAAUGCAAAACAUGGAAAGAAGGUAAAAAGACAAUGAACAAAAGAGCUUUGCUGGAUGUUGUUAAAGAAGCAAAAUCUGAAAAGGUCAACCACGAAGGAAAAAUUCUAAUUUUGUCCAGUGAUGGAGCCACACGUUGUGGAGCAUUUGCUGUUGUCUAUAACGCUCUAGAACAACUCUCAAUGGACCAGGAAGUGGACAUCUUCACCAUCACACGGCAACUACAGAUCCGUAGACCGGAGUUUGUAUCAGCUUUGGACGAAUACCAGCUUUGUUAUGAUACUGUUGCAGAAUACAUCCAGAAUGACAGCGUUUAUGCGAACUGCUAG